AUUAUAGAUUUGUCGUCGACAAUAAAAAAUUACAGCGACAGCAUCAUGUGAGAUUAGACAAAUAUUCAAAAGCAACGUCAUAACACUGGUCGCCAUUUUUCGUGAAUUUUGGAUUUUUGGACGCAAACAGACGCAAACGUAAAAAGAAAUAAAGAAUUUUACAAUAAAACCACAUGUGUUUAAUAAUAAAUAAAAUAAAAUACAAAUAAAAUUAAAAUGUCAGCUCCAGAUGAUAAAGUGACUCAUAAGAGUCAUCGUGAACGUAAUUCUGGUCGUAAAGCUGAUAAAAAAAAAGCUAAAACAAAAAAAGAAGAAUUUAUUAGUAACAAACAAAAUAAUCCAAAAGCUUUUACAUUUAAUAGAGUAGUAAGAGCUGAAAGACAAUUUCGUAGAAAACAAGAUGUUGAUACUAAAAAACAACAUAUUCCAGUUGUUGAUAGAACACCAAUUGAACCACCACCAAUUAUUGUUGCUAUUGUUGGUCCUCCAAAAGUUGGUAAAACAUUAUUAUUACAAUGUUUAAUAAAAAGUUAUGUACGUCAACCAUUAAGUACAAUUGUUGGUCCAGUAACAAUUGUAUCUGGUAAAAAAAGAAGAAUAACAUUUAUUGAAUGUAAUAAUGAUAUUAAUAGUAUGAUUGAUAUUGCUAAAGUAGCUGAUUUAGUAUUAUUACUUAUUGAUGCAUCAUUUGGUUUUGAAAUGGAAAUAUUUGAAUUUUUAAAUAUAUGUCAAGUACAUGGUAUGCCAAGAAUAAUGGGUGUAUUAACACAUCUUGAUUUAUUUAAAAAUGCAAAACAAUUAAAACAAACUAAAAAAUUAUUAAAACAUAGAUUUUGGACAGAAGUUUAUGCUGGUGCAAAAUUAUUUUAUUUAUCUGGUAUGCGUUGGGAUAAAUAUUUAGGAAAUGAAGUUAAAAAUUUAGGCAGAUUUAUAUCUGUUAUGAAAUUUAGACCAUUAACAUGGAGAACAUCACAUCCAUAUGUUCUUGUUGAUAGAAUUGAAGAUUUAACACCACCAGAAACAAUUAGACAAAAUUCAAAAACAGAUAGAUCAAUAAGUCUUUAUGGUUAUGUACGUGGUGUACCAUUAACAAAAGAAUCAUCAAUACAUAUUGCUGGUUGUGGUGAUUUUAGAAUAAAAGAUGUUAGUUAUUUAUCUGAUCCAUGUCCAUUACCUAAUCAACUUAAAAAAAGAGCUCUUGUUGAAAAAGAACGUCUUAUUUAUGCACCAUUUUCUGGUGUUGGUGGUAUUGUUUAUGAUAAAGAUGCUGUUUAUGUUGAAUUAGGAGGAAGUCAUUCACAUAAAGAAGAAGAAGAUACUGGUCUUAUUUCAUCAUUGAUUGAUGUACAAGGUACAUUGGAUGAAAAAUUGGAAAAAAGUGAAAUACAAUUGUUUAGUGGAACUGAAGCUAUCAAGUCUACUGAUGUUAAUGAUACAUUUGCACCAAGUUUUACGCAAAAAAAUGUUUUAGAUAAUGGUAGAAUAAGAAGACAAGUUGUUUUUAAUAAUUCAAUAGAAAUUGGAAAAGAAUCUAAUGCCAAUGAUAAUGAUGAUGAUGAUGAUGAUGAUAAAAAAGAUUAUGAUGAUGAUGAUGAUAAUGAUGCUGAUACUGAAAACGAUGAUAAUGAUGACGAUGAGGAGAAACAAGAAAAAAAAGUAUCUAAAAAAUCUAAACGAGAUGAAAAUGAUCCAGAAUCUUCUUGUCCUGAAAAAAAACGAAAAAAAUUAAAUGAUGAUAAUAAUAUUACUGAAAAACUUGAGGAUGAAUUAGCUGCAUUAAAAAAUAAUAUUGAAAAAGAAUCAUCAGCAGCAGCAAAAGAAAAAGAGAAUCAAGUUUAUAGAAGUAUAACAAGAAAUACUGAUGGUCAAGUUAAAAAUAAAAUAGCUGAAGCAUUGAAUCGUUUUGACACAAUAUCCAGUCAAAUGAAAUCUUUAAAAAAUUCUGACAAUGAAUCAUCUAGUGAUGAUGAGAGUUAUGAUGAAUUAGAUGACAAUAAUAUUAGUAAAAAAAGUAAUAAUGAUGAAGAUUCAGAUGAUGAGUCUGACCAAAAUGAUGAAGAUGAUGAUAAAAUGGAAGUAUCCAAGAGUGAUGAUGAUGACGAUGAUGAUGAAGAAGACAAUGAUGAGGAUGAUGAGUUGAAAUGGAAAUCUGGUUUGGCUAAAAAAGCAAAUGAAGCUUUUGAAAAUCGUCAAAGAACUAAUGUAAAUUUAAAUAAAUUAGUUUAUGGUGUUGUUAAAAAAAAUAAAGAUGAUAACAAUGAUGAAGAUGAUGAAGAUGAAACAAAUGAAAAAGAUGAAUCUGAAAAACUUGGAGGUUUAUUUAAUGUAAUUAGUGAACAACAAAAAAAAAAACUUGAAGAACGUGAAUUAGAAAAUCAAGAAGAAUUUGCAUUUUUUUCAAGAAAUAAACCAAGAAAUUGGCUUGUUGAAGAUAAUGAAUCAUUACUUGUUGGUCGUUUUAGUAAAUAUGAUAAAUCUAAUGAUGCUGAAACAUUAAUAAAUGGAGAUGGUGUAGCAUCUAAUGAUGAUGAUGAAGUUGAAGGAGAUUUUGAAGAUCUUGAAACUGGUGAAAAAUAUAAAGCACCAAUUACUGAACCAAAAGAAUUAGAUAAAGAACAAACUGAUGAAAAAAAAAUACUUCUUGAAAAAAAAAGAAAAUUAAAAAAACAAUUUGACUCAGAGUAUGAUAAUACAGAAACAAAAAGUUAUUAUGAUGAAUUAAAACAAGACGCUGAAAAACAAGCACAACUUAAUAAAUCUGAAUUUGAUGGUUUAGAUGAUGAUAUGAGAGUACAACUUGAAGGUUAUCGUCCAGGAAUGUAUGUAAGAAUUGAAAUUGAUUCAGUACCAUGUGAAUUAAUAACAAAUUUUGAUGCAUCAUAUCCAAUAAUUAUUGGUGGUUUAUUACAUGGUGAAGAAAAUAUUGGUUUUGUACAAACAAGAUUAAAAAAACAUCGUUGGCAUAGUAAAAUAUUAAAAACAAAAGAUCCACUUAUUUUAUCAGUUGGUUGGCGUAGAUUUCAAACACUUCCAAUUUAUGCAAAAUUAGAAGAUAAUAUGAGAAAUAGAAUGUUAAAAUAUACACCUGAACAUGUUGCUUGUAUGGCACAUUAUUGGGGUCCAAUAACACCACAAGGUACUGGUGUACUUGCUAUACAAGAUGUUUCAACAAAAAUUCCUGGUUUUAGAAUUGCAGCAACUGGUGUUAUUACUGAACUUGAUAAAUCAACACAUAUUGUUAAAAAACUUAAAUUAACUGGUGUACCUUUAAUAAUUCAAAAAAAAACAGCAUUUAUUAAGGAUAUGUUUAAUUCUCGUUUAGAAGUUGCAAAAUUUGAAGGAGCUAAAAUUAAAACAGUUUCUGGUAUACGUGGACAAAUUAAAAAAUCAGUUAAAGAUCUUGGUGAAGGUACUUUUCGUGGUACUUUUGAAGAUAAAAUACAAUUAAGUGAUAUUGUAUUUUGUCGUACUUGGUAUAAAGUUGAUGUACCAAAAUUUUAUAAUCCAGUUAAUUCAUUAUUACUUCCACCUGAGCUUAAAAAUCAAUGGAAAGGUAUGAAAACAACUGGACAACUUAAAAAAGAACUUGGUAUUUAUGCAGAUGCAAAUAAAGAUUCAAGUUAUACACCAAUUGUACGUGAAGUUAAGACAUUUAAACCAUUGGCAAUACCAAGAAAUCUACAAAAAGAUUUGCCAUAUCGUGAUAAGCCAAAAUUAGAACAACUACCAGAAAAAAGAAGAACAAAGUUUGCUGAUAAACGUGUUGCUGUUGUUAGAGAUGCUAGAGAAGAAAAAAUUUCAAAAAUGAUGAAGAUGAUGAGAACAGCACAAAGUCAUAGACAAGAAAAACUUAAACAAGCAACAAGUAAACGUAUGAAUGCCUAUAAAAAACUUGUUGAAGAAGAACAAAUGAAAAGUAUAAAAAGACAAAAAGUCAUGAAAAAAGAAGUAUUCAGAUCAAUGAGUAAAGCACAAGAAAAAGAAAAAAAGAAAUUAAAAAAAUAAAAUAUUUGUAUUAUUAAUAAAAAAUA